AUGUCCGGAACACGGUACUCCAGGGUGGAGCGGGUUCAGCCCGAGAUUGCGGGUGACGGCCCCGCUCCGCAUUGCAUGCUCAUCAUGACAGAACUGUCCCAGCAAGUCUACUAUGUUGCACAUUCCAACCUCCAAGCAUUUGUCCGACAAAUCCUAGUGGGUAAUGACGUGUCUAACGAACAUGCCUCAAUCAUUGCCAAAUGCUUGGUGGAGGCGGAUCUGCGUGGCGUCGAUACGCACGGCUCCAAUCGUAUACCAUCUUAUAUGAAGCGAAUUCGAGAGAAAGUGCUCAAUCCAGCUGCAAUCCCGCAAUUGCAACAAGUCACACCCGCAGCUGCCAUAGUAGACGGACAGAAUGGCUUCGGCUUCGUUGCGGCUCAUAUGGGUAUGGCCAAAGCCAUUGAGAUGGCACAGACAUUUGGCAUUGGGUUGGUCUCGGUCAAGCAUUCGAAUCAUUUUGGCAUGUCAGCAUGGCUUGUUCAGCAGGCGAUUGAUGCAGGCAUGAUGUCGCUUGUAUUUACGAACUCGUCGCCGGCCUUACCUGUCUGGGGAGGUAGAACUAAACUCAUGGGAGUGUCACCUAUUGCAUGUGGUGCACCAGCUGGUAAAGAACGACCAUUCAUUCUAGACAUGGCACCCUCAAUCGCCGCGCGAGGCAAAAUCUACAAAGCACUGCGACGAGGCGAGAAGAUUCCCACCGAUUGGGCGCUAGACGGCGAAGGAAAUCCAACAGAUGACCCCGAGAAAGCUCUCGAGGGUGUAAUGUUACCUAUGGGAGGACCCAAAGGAUCCGCCCUCUCAAUCAUGAUGGACGUCUUCUCCGGCGUCUUCUCCGGCUCUGCUUUUGCGGGAAACGUGACAAACCCUUACGACCCAUCCAAACCAGCAGACGUGGGACAUUUCCUAGUUGCGAUCAAACCAGAUCUAUUCAUGGAUUUGGAAGAGUUCAAGUCACGCAUGGAUUAUUUGUAUCAGCGGGUUGUAGGGUCGGAGAAGAUGGCGGGCGUGGAGAGGAUUUAUUAUCCCGGAGAGAUUGAGCAUAUUACGCGUGAAAGGAGGUUGGUAGAAGGGAUACCGUUUACGGUAGCUGAGAUUAUGGGGUUGAAUGAGGAAGCUGAGUUGGUGGGAGUUGAGAAGUUGUCUGCUUAA